CUACUCCAGAGUCUGCCAGUACCACCCCUUCUUCCUCCUCCUCCUCUCUCUUAUCCCUCCUCCCUCUUCGCCGCCUCCCUCGCAGGCUCCAGGUCUUCGGGAAAACCCGGGGCAGAUCUUAGGCCGAAGCACGACUUGCGCACGCGCAGGAGCUGCGCCGGCUCGGCCGGUGGUUCGGAGGUUCCAGGCUGCUCAGUCCCGCUGCCCUCCAGGCCUCGGCUCCUGCUUGGGGCCGCUGCGCUGUGCCCUCAGGAUGAGCGUCCCCGACUACAUGCAGUGCGCAGAGGAUCACCAGACCCUUCUGGUGGUCGUCCAGGCCGUGGGCAUCGUCUCUGAGGAGAACUUCUUCAGGAUCUACAAGCGGAUCUGCUCCGUGAGCCAGCUCAGUGUGCGCGACACGCAGCGUGCCCUCUUCAUCCGCUAUCGGCACCACUACCCGCCCGAGAACAACGAGUGGGGCGACUUCCAGACGCACCGCAAGGUGGUAGGCCUCAUCACCAUCACCGAUUGCUUCUCGCCCAAAGACUGGCCACAGACCUUCGAGAAGUUCCACGUGCAGAAGGAGAUCUACGGUUCCACGCUCUACGAUUCCCGCCUCUUCGUGUUCGGGCUGCAGGGUGAUGUGGCUGAGCAGCCGCGCCCGGAUGUGGCCUUCUAUCCCAACUACGAUGACUGCGAUUCAGUGGAGAAGCGCAUCGAAGACUUCAUCGAGUCCCUUUUCAUUGUGUUGGAGUCCAAGCGCCUGGACAGAGCCACCGACAAAUCCGGGGACAAGAUCCCUCUUCUCUGUGUCCCCUUCGAGAAGAAGGACUUCGUGGGACUAGACACGGAUAGCAGACACUACAAGAAGCGGUGCCAAGGACGCAUGCGGAAACACGUUGGGGACUUGUGCCUCCAGGCUGGGAUGCUGCAGGACGCCCUGGUACACUACCACAUGUCCGUGGAGCUCCUGCGCUCAGUGAAUGACUUCCUGUGGUUAGGGGCUGCCCUGGAGGGGUUGUGCUCGGCUUCAGUCAUUUAUCAUUAUCCCGGAGGAACUGGUGGCAAGACUGGGGCUCGGAGACUCCAAGGCAGCUCACUUCCCUCAGAAGCAGCCAACAGACACCGGCCAGGGGCGCAAGAAGUUCUCAUUGACCCAGGUGCUCUCACCACCAACGGCAUAAAUCCUGACACCAGCACUGAGAUCGGAAGGGCCAAGAAUUGCCUCAGCCCCGAGGACAUCAUUGACAAAUACAAAGAGGCCAUCUCCUAUUACAGCAAGUACAAGAACGCCGGAGUGAUUGAGCUGGAAGCCUGUGUCAAGGCCGUGCGCGUCCUAGCGAUUCAGAAGCGUGGCAUGGAGGCUUCGGAGUUUCUUCAGAAUGCUGUGUACAUCAAUCUCCGGCAGCUUUCGGAAGAAGAGAAAAUCCAGCGCUACAGCAUCCUGUCUGAGCUCUACGAGCUGAUUGGCUUCCACCGCAAGUCAGCAUUCUUCAAGCGAGUGGCUGCCAUGCAGUGUGUGGCGCCAAGCAUUGCAGAACCUGGCUGGAGGGCCUGUUACAAGCUCCUUUUGGAGACGCUGCCUGGCUACAGUCUGUCGCUAGAUCCCAAGGACUUCAGCAAAGGCACACACCGAGGCUGGGCUGCCGUUCAGAUGCGUCUGCUGCAUGAGCUGGUCUAUGCCUCCCGCAGGAUGGGGAACCCCGCACUGUCCGUGCGGCACCUCUCCUUCCUCUUGCAGACCAUGCUGGACUUCCUGUCUGACCAGGAAAAGAAAGAUGUGACUCAAAGCCUGGAGAACUACACUGCCAAGUGUCCCGGGACGAUGGAGCCCAUCACCCUCCCAGAUGGUCUCACACUGCCUCCCGUGCCGUUUACCAAGUUGCCCAUUGUCAGGUGCGUGAAGCUGCUGAGUCUCCCCACCAGCCUGCGACCCCACAAGGUGAAAAGCUUGCUGGGCCAGAGCAUGUCCACCAAGAGCCCCUUCAUCUAUUCGCCAAUCAUCGCACAUAACCGUGGAGAAGAACGCAACAAAAAAAUAGAUUUCCAGUGGGUUCAAGGAGAUGUGUGUGAAGUUCAGCUGAUGGUGUACAACCCAAUGCCGUUUGAGCUCCGCGUGGAAAACAUGGGGCUUCUCACCAGCGGAGUGGAGUUUGAGUCUCUUCCUGCAGCGCUUUCCCUCCCUGCGGAAUCUGGUUUGUACCCGGUGACGCUGGUCGGAGUCCCACAGACUACAGGAAUGAUCACUGUGAAUGGUUACCAUACCACAGUCUUUGGGGUCUUCAGCGACUGCCUUCUGGACAACCUUCCGGGACUGAAGACGGGCGGCUCCACCGUGGAAGUCAUCCCUGCCUUGCCAAGACUGCAGAUCAGCACAUCGCUGCCCAGGUCCGCACGCUCACUGCAGCCUUCUGCCGGCGAUGAGAUCGCCACCAACGUAUCUGUUCAGCUGUACAACGGAGAAACCCAGCAGCUGGCUGUCACCUUGGAGAACAUCGGACUGGAGCCUCUGGAGCAGCUGGAGGUCACCUCAAAGCUUCUCACCACCAAGGAAAAGUUGUAUGGCGACUUCUUGAGCUGGAAACUGGAAGAGACGCUGGCCCAGUUUCCCCUGCAGCCCGGGAAGGUGGCUACUUUCACCAUCAACAUCAAGGCAAAGCUGGAUUUCUCUUGCCAGGAGAAUCUUCUCCAGGACCUGAGUGAUGAUGGAAUCAGCGUGAGCGGCUUUCCCCUGUCCAGUCCUUUCCGCCAGGUGGUGCGGCCCCGAGUGGAGAGCAGACCCACAAACCCUUCUGAGGGCAGCAAGACGGGGGACCUUGGCCACGUCAAGUGGCAGCUGUUUAAUGUCAGGCAAGAAGAAGAGGAGGAGGACAAGGAGGAGGAGGAAGAAGAGGAAGCAGUAGCAGCAGCAGCAGCAGCAGCAGCAGCAGCAGCAGCAGCAGCAGCAGAUUGCUCUCUGAUGCAAGUUUACUGUCAACACAGAACCCAUGAGGAGCAGAGUUCCUGUAGCUCCGAGCAGCUGUUAUCCCUGCUGCUGGAGGGGCUGCUGGAGGGGCAGUGCUGGCAGAUGUAUGUGAUGUUGUGCGUCUUUCCUUAGCAGGGGACGGGUGUGUGUGUGUGUGGGGGGCGGGGCAGAACCUAUGUUCAUGCAGCAUUGCCCAGUGGGUUUCAAACCCUGCCAACCUGCAUGUGUUCCAGCGCUGAACAGAAGCGGCAGUGCUCCUGUCCUGCUCCUAUGGUGUAAAUGGGGUAGGCUUCUAAGCAUGAGGUCUCAAGUCUCCUGGCCUCCUUAUCCAUCACAUACAGAGCUCCUCUUGUAUGCUGGUCCUCCAUGGGGAGGCUGGUGGGAAGGAGGCUGUGACAGUCGUGGUCCUUGCCUGUUCUAAACACGGAAAGCUCUUAGGAAAAAGGCUUCACUCUGGGGACAAUAUCAAGCUCAUUUCACACAGCCUGGCACACACUCACAGGAGGCCUGUUAGUGUGCACCUGAAUUCCACUGACUGGGACUGUCUGUAUGUGUCACGGACACAUCGUGGGUCUGAUCGCUAUGUGACCAGGUUUAUGGUGUGUGCACCCCAUGGCCAUUCUGACUUCUGAAGAACAAGCACUUGGCCUCCCGGACUCCACAUGGGCUCUGACUGAGGGAGCUUGGUGUGGAGGGAGGAGGUGAAGCACUAGCCAGGGGCUGGACCAGGGAGGCAGCAAGCAGUUAGGCUUUAAGGUAGGUAAGAGGAAGAACAGCGAGCACGGCUGGCUAGCAGCAGGGUGAGGGGGCUUGGGAGGAAGCUGAGCCACCAUGGUGCAGAGGGCACUGACCUGCCAUUGACAAAGGGGGGCUGUUGUUACAGGUUUCUGUUUUUAAAUGCUGGGCUUCACUCUCUCUCAGGGUGAUGUGAGUCAAAACCAUGUGUGAAGCCGCCCUUCAAGCCAUCAGACUGGCCACCAUCAAAAAGACAAGGUGUAGCGGAUGCUGGCAGGAAAGCUAAGAUAAGGUUGCUCCUCACACUUCUGGCGGGAAGGUGACUUACUGCAUCCACUGUGGAAAAGCUAACAAUAGAACUACUUUAUGAUCCAGCAGUCCUCCUGCUGGGUGCACUCCCAAAGGGAGUGAGAGUGGUUCAUGGUGGAGAUGCCUGCACGCCUGUGCUGAGUGCAGCGCUGUUCACAAAGGCCUGAAUGUUCCUCACAGGAUAAACAGGGUGAAUGCUCUGUGUCAUAUGUACACAACGGGAUACCAUGCAGCUACAGAAGAGGGUGUAAUCCUGACAUGUGUGGUAGGAUGGGCCACUGUGUAGCACGUGACACUGUGUCAUGUGAAAGCAGUCAGGCACAGAAUGACAAAUACUGUACCAUCUUACUCAGACAUGGAUCCUAAUGAAGUCGAUCUCACAAACUGUGGUGGCCAGGGCACAGGAGUAAACUGAUACCUGGGAGAUUACAAUGAGGAGGAAUGAGUCUCAAAACAGGGUUGACGUUGCUAAGAAUAAUGCAGUGCCUCCCAGCAGUCAGGAGGAGGGCCGGAAGUCCACUGCAGCGGGAACCCAAGGUCAGGUGCCUCAUCCCUGACUGACUGUUGCCGAGUGUUGAUGUGAAUCCAAACAAUGUCCUGUAUGUUCUUGUUGUUAUAUGUGUAUUAUUGUUAUUAUGUAUGUGCUAUUAUUGUAUGCCUAUCAAAAAUAAUUUAAAAAUACAAACCCUGGAGAAAGACC